AACAAUUUGGAUUGUGAAGAGUACAGACUAAAACCGGCAGGGCUACAGCAAGCUACUAGCAGCUGCUGGUGUUGCGUAUUUUAAUCUUUAGAUAAGCAGAAUAACUUCAUAGAUUGUAUGCGGCUGCGCCACUGCUGUACGAUAUCGACAGGCGACAAUUAUUAUUGACAAGAAUACAGGACGAUAACUACUGUUAAGUAGGUUGUAACUCGUAAUCACCAAUUCAAGAAUUAAAAUAUUAAUUAAAUUGAUGAUUAAACGCGUUUUGCAUUGCUGCUUUAAUAAUAACUAUGCGUUUACCAAAACAUAAUGGAUUGAAUGAUUAAUAUUUAAUAGUAUCGAACGCGGAACAAUAUGAUGCAUUUUAUGUUACUAUUCAGUCGCCAAGGUAAGCUUCGGCUUCAAAAAUGGUAUGUUGCUCAUCCCGACAAGGUGAAAAAGAAAAUUACUAGAGAACUUAUAACCACUAUUUUAGCCAGAAAACCUAAAAUGUGUAGUUUUCUUGAAUGGAAAGAAUUAAAAAUUGUUUACAAAAGGUAUGCAAGUCUGUAUUUUUGCUGUGCUAUUGAACAAAAUGACAAUGAACUCCUUACUUUGGAAAUCAUUCACCGUUAUGUUGAAUUAUUAGACAAGUAUUUUGGCAGUGUCUGUGAGCUGGAUAUAAUAUUCAACUUCGAAAAGGCAUAUUUUAUACUGGAUGAGUUAUUAUUGGGUGGGGAGAUACAAGAGACUAGUAAGAAAAAUGUACUCAAGGCUAUUUCUGCUCAGGAUCUUUUGCAAGAGGAGGAGGCAGUCGAAGGCGCUCUGAAAGAGAUUGGCCUGUUAUGAAAGUAUCCAAUAUAAUUAACAUUUCAUAUAAUUUUAUUACUUGCAAUUAUAAUUGUAAUAUUUUUUUUUUACAUAAUAUAUUUAUAUAAAUUCAAACAAUGUGUCUUUCAAAAAAUAUUAGUUUUGGAUUUGAUGUAAAGAGCCUUUGCUGAAUGCAAUGUUAUUAAUU